UCCCAUCCACCCAUUUAAUCCUGCUGUCUGCGCCUAGCUGCUGGGAGCUCCCGGAUCCCCAUCCCCAGUGGAGACACCCUGAACCAAUUGCUUUCCCCAGCUGGAGCGUGGGAAAAGUACCUUAUUGUCCCUUCUCAUCCUCUUCACAAAUGCCUGAACUGGCUUUGCUAAACUGUUCCUAAAAAAAUUAAUUGGACCUGGAUGAUUUCAGCUUAAAGGUCUGAGCAACUGGAAAAUGGUCUUCAAGUGCAUCCAGCCACAGCAACACUGUGCAGAGAGAGGGGGGCUGCAGGGGCAAGCUGGGAAAAUAGCCUUUGGAUUGCCAAGGUGCUGCCUGCAUAGGAAACCACGACCCACACAUCUCGGAGUGCAGCAAGAUUCCUGACUCCUCACUUCUCCUUCCCCCUCCCCCAAAUGGAGCAAGAAGAGCCAUGCGUGGUGGAGCUCCAUGACUCUGAUGACCCUGAUAUCGUUAGAAGAGUCUACAUAGCUGACGAUGGCAUCGUGAGCGAGAGCGAGGAGGAGCUUCAGCACGAGAUCAUCCAGACCGUCAUCCCUCAUAGCCCGCUGGCCAAGAAGCCCAAGAAGAAGGCUUCCCAGAGAGCCGACGGGAACAGCGGCAGAGCCCGGGGGCCGGAGAGCCCAGCAGGGCCGCCCCCUGACUAUGGCAGCGAGUUGGUGGAGUUGGCUGGCGGGCAGGAGGAAGAGGGGGGGAUGGUGGUGCGGCACCGCGGUGCUGCCGGCCGGCAACGGCCCUUCAUCUGUAACGAGUGCGGCAAGAGCUUCAGCCACUGGUCGAAGCUGCUGCGGCACCAGCGGACUCACACCGGCGAGCGGCCCAGCACCUGCAGCGAGUGCGGCAAAAGCUUCAGCCAGAACUCGCACCUGGUGCAGCACCGGCGCACCCACACUGGCGAGAAGCCCUACCGCUGCGGCGACUGCGGCAAGAGCUUCAGCUGGAGCUCCAACCUCAUCCAGCACCAGCGCAUCCACACCGGCGAGAAGCCCUACCAGUGUGGGGAGUGCGGCAAGAGCUUCACCCAGAGCAAAAACCUCAUCAAGCACCAGCGUACUCACUCGGGCGCCCGCCCCCACCGCUGCGCCGAGUGCGGCCGCGGCUUCACCCAGAGCACCAACCUCCUCAAGCACCAGCGGCUCCACGCUGCCCGCCAGAGCCAGGCCUGCCCCGAGUGCGGCCAGACCUUCCGUGAGAGCGCCGAGCUGGAGCGCCACCGGGCCGAAGCCCAUGGGCACGAGCCCUACAUCUGCGUGGAAUGCGGAGAGAGCUUUGCCAAGAGCGCCACGCUCAACCGGCACAAGAGGGUCCACAAGCCCCUUUUCGUGCGCUGAGCGACGGGUGCGGAGCGGGGCCGUGCCUGUCACAUGACCAUGUACGGCAUCAAGAUGCACUCAGUGGGGUUCGGCACGUGGCUGGCCACAGCGUUGCUGCCUGCAAAGCAUGGCUAUGCCUGUCACGUGACCAGCCCCAGCAUCGCCGAACCUGGCUGUCCAUGGUAUUGAUGUGUGCUGAGCGGGGCCCUCCACCGUAUCGACGGAUGUUGAGCAUGCCCGUGGCCCGUCAUGUGACCUUCCAUGAUCUCAAUGAGCACUUAGCGUUGGCAAGUCACGUGGCUGUCUAUGGCGUCACAUGGCCAUCCACUAGAUUGGUGCGGGUUGCCCAUGGCCGUCCACUCUAUCAACGCUGUGGUCAAACCCUUGGAAAGCAGACCUCAAAAGACUCACAGGGGACAGAGCUUCAGAUGUACAUAAGGUGGGGGGCGGGGACCGGGGUGGGGUGGGGGGAUGUUUAAGGUAGAAGCCAUAAUACUCAACAAGGCAACCACCCAUCCUAGGGAAGCCAGCAUCUAGGUGUAGGGGAGGGCAUCCUCUCCUGGGGAAUGACGUUAAAAGCUGGAUUGCAGAUGGGGAGGUGCCUCGGGUGUAGAAUAAAAUUCUGCUGUUUUGGGGGUGUA